AUGGCUGAGGUUAUGCGUCCAGAGAAGUUGGACGUAUCCAACGAUACUUCUUCCUUAGGAUCACCUGAGCUUCUUCACGUUCUCUCUGUAGACGAUAGCAUCAGUUAUAAGAAAUUCAUCGAGCGGUUGCUCCAAGUCUCGUCUUGUAAAGAGAGUAAAAUCAUUUUUAAUGAAAAAAUUGUUACUUGCCUUUACAACAAAAGGGAAAUUUUGACGUUCCGAAUGAAUUGUGGUGGAUAUUGGGUGAAGAAUCAUAAAGGAAAUUUUGGUUAUUUUGGUGGUGAGGUGAGAACCAUCAAUUGUAAACCUGCAGAAGAGUUAUUUAACUCCAUGGCAGUAGAGUUUGGGGAAGGAUUAAAUUCAGAAAGAGUGGUAUAA